AUGUUCAUUCUCGACCUUCUGGACAACUUACCACGAUUACGGCUCUCCGAUGAUCAUCUCAAAGUCGUCAUCUGGGCAUUGAAGGAGUGCGGAGCCACGGAUGUUCCAUCAUUCCAUUCACUACGAACGAAGCAAGCACAGCUCACCAAAGAAGUGAACAUCAAGACCACGCACCAUACAUCAGCCCAGGAGAACCAUUUCUACGCCACUUGUCCAUCCGAGACAAGCCGUCUUGACUUUGCCAACCCUCUUGUGCGGCCGCAUAUGAAGUUCCUGCCCCGCGUGGGCACGUCAGUCUCAGAGUUCAGAGAUGGGGAGAAAUGGCUCAAUAUGAAUGAGGAUGCACUUGAAAGAGGCCAGCUCAUGUGGAUGGACGAGAAGAAACCGCACCGACAUUUCUAUAUCAAGGAACUCGCGCGGCUGCGUGACGGACGCUACGUGAUGCCGCUCCGAUUUGUGGAAGAUAACGAAGUGGAUUGUCUUGAUGGCUUCCUCGUUGUCCAUUAUCCUGCGACCGGGAUAUUCGUCGUCCGUAGUGAAGAGUUGAUCCGUGUGGCGGCGGAGGAGCUGCAAGACAAUGUGGUUGAACUGCAAAACCAACUGAAUAUACAAUUUGACGCUCUAGCGCCACUGUGGGUCCGGGAUGUACGACAUCCAGUUCGCGCGAAAGCUGCCAACCGGCCAACGUUCACAGUGCGAUUGAUGGCAUGGUGCGAUGAUGUAUCUGGAAAUAAAACGAAGCAGUACAAUGCCCACACGAACGUCUAUGUUGCGAACAUCAAUCUCCCGCAUGAAAAACUGAAACAAGAGUACUUCGUUCGCUUUUGUUCGACCUCACAGCAUGCAUCGUCCGCAGAACAACUAGAAGGGCUCGCUAAAGAUACGGGCCCUGACAAAUGGCAUGCAGCGUACGAUUGCAAGCUUCAACAGGAAGUCUUGUUCCGGAUCAUCCCACAUGUCUUCCCCGCAGAUAAUCCACAGCAAUCUGAGCACUGUUCGCACAUUGGUGGGAACGGCAACAAGCCCUGUCGAUCUUGCAAGAUUGGUGGUACCGCAGAGGAGCGGGAAACAGACGAGAUCUAUGAGUCAUUUUUCUCAUCAGGACCUCAUCGCACCACGGAAUGGACAAUCAGUCAAAUCGAGUCACAGCUAUGGAUUGCAGGUCUUGGCGUGCAGAAUACGGUCGAUCUCAUGCAGACGAACACGGGGGUGAAAGAUAAGACCGCCCAAUACUGGAUCAACAUCCUGAUUAAGAAGGCGCGUGCACUGCAGCACGAGCGGAUAACAGCAGCGGCGACAAGGGACCCACGCUUGAACGAUCGUACCUACAGCCGUGACGCCGAGGCCAAACAGGCUGUAAAAACGACAAUCAACCGUGAAAUACAACAGGAGUUGCACGAUUGGCUUGUCCAACAGCCUUCACACAGCUACGACACGCUCCCAGCCGAUUCCCCACUUCGUGAUAGGCUGCGACCAGGAGAUCACUAUAAUGUCCUGCUUGGGCUCCCGGGCGUUGAGAUUCAUUUCGAUACACCCGGUGAGAUUUUGCACACUUACUUACUCGGACAGGAGAAGUACGUGUGGCACAAGACGACCUCACCCUGGGACAAGAAGAAGGACGAACUCUUUGCGGCACGGCUUCGGGGUUCCUCGGUCGAUGGUUUGACCUUGCCACCUCUGCGAGCAGAAUAUUUGCUUCAAUAUAAGAACUCUCUCGUCGGGAAGCACUUCAAGGCGUUGCAACAGGUCGGGGUCUUUCAUUUACAUGAUGACCUAUGCUCCGAUAUCAUUCGGGAACUGUGGAAGGCCACCGGUGAACUCGGUGCGAUGCUGUGGUACAAUAAGAUCCGCAAAAUGGACGAAUAUUUGGCAGAUUUAGAGAUCCUCAUCGCGAAUGUCCUCGACAUUUGGGUGCUCAUCGACCCGAAUAGAAUCCUCACCAAAAAUAAGCUUCACGUUCUUGCCCAUCUGAUAGCGAAUAUCCCCCGGUUUGGUCCAGCGAUCUUGUAUUCCACUGAAGUCUUCGAGUGCUGGAACGCUAUUUUCCGGUUCUGCAGUAUCCUCUCAAAUCAUAGGGCACCAAGCCGUGACAUUGCUGUGGCGUUGGCCGAUAUGGAACGUUUCAAGCAUCAGGUGAGCGGCGGUUGGUGGCGCAACUCUGCGGGUGAGUACGUUCAGGCGGGGGAAAGAGUUUGCACAUUCCUGCAGGAGAAUCCCAGUCUACAGCGUCGUCUCGGCUGGGUAGAGAAUCUAUCGGCCAUGCUCGUAGUUGGCUCAGUGAAGCUAGAGGCACAGUUGAAGCGACAUCCGGCUAGUUGGGCUCAAUCUAUCGCACCGUUAUCACUUCCGCCACCAACGGACAAUGUAGCAUCAAACUCCGACUCUUUACACACAGCUACUAUCUUCCAAGAGUGCAAGUCUUUGGUCUCGCAAUCAAAAGACAUCUGUAAGCCGGGUUCGUGGGUAUUUUUUAAGACUUCGCGAGACGUGACGCCUGUCAUUCCGGAUGUGGGAGCAGGGCGUGUCUUCAAGAUACUCUCCCCUGUUGGCGGCGGAGAAGCGGUUGCUGUUAUCCAGCAUUUCGAUAUCAUGGGCAAACGGGAUGGCUAUCUGAAUAUGCCAAUCCUUACUCCCAGUAACAGACCCCAUCAACUCGCUCCGUGUUCUCACAACCUAUUCUUAAAGGAUGUCCUCUUCAUCUUCAAUGCGCAGCAUGAUUGCUAUGCUUGCCAUUGCACUACGGCCGGGCUGGAGCAUGUCAUUCAAGAGCGAGUAGUCACUGCCCGGACCCGACUCCAUGUCACGCACGCAGAAACACCGCGUUACCUGCUUAACAUGCAUGCUCUCCACAACGCGGACCUGAUUCGCGAGACCUUACCGCGAAAUCUUACAGAGCCUCAGUAUUAUCUCGCCGACCGCCAGGUGCAGCACUGCCGUAUUGCCACCGCUCUCCGCGUCACUGGUAGUGUCCGAAGGAAACAAAUAGCAGCUAAAGCCGCCGAGACUCGCGCUCGUAACAAAGAGGCUCGCGCAACGACUGCCCCGAGUCGCAAUGCUCAACUGCGGGACGAAAACAGCGGCAAUGACCCGCCUAAUGCAGGUUCGCUAUCCAAGUUUCAUAUGUACAUGUUCGAACGACCUGAUCAAAUCGUAGAGCCAGGAAUGGCCAACGAAGACGUCGGUACUGGGGCGGACGACGAUGUGGAGAUGGAAGACCUGUCCUAACAUAUACAUGCCGCUUUUCUUAUGUACUCCAUUCUCGGAGUCACACCCGCGACGGUUAGAGUCAUGUUGUGGGGCUCUUGCAGCAUCGGGUUGAAACAGUAUGAUCACAAGAUUACUCGGCGGUCACGGAGAUGGCUGAGCAAUGUUUGUGUGGAGAGCCUGAUCAUCUUACCUCCCACCCGCUGCGGACCUUACGAGCCAGGUCAUGGUCAGGUGAAGCCGGUGACCCUAGUGCAGGGUCUCACCACCAUGAGCCGUACAUCGUGGGUUACCUCCGUGACGCCCGAGGGUCUCAGCGCUUUCGGAUGCCACAGCGAAAUGGGCGUGUAACGCCUUGCGUCGGGAGUAUCGCCCUUGCGAAGCACCGUUCGUAAGCCGCGUCGCAGGAUUCCAGCGUUUCUAGGUCGUCGGCUGCGCAUUCGGCGAGGAGAGGG